UCACAAGUGAUGAUUUCAUGUCAUUUAGUAUCUUCUUAUCCUUCAACUGCUGCACCAGAGUCAGGUACCUCCGCACAUACAUCCCCCCUCUCGCCCUCCCCUCUCCGCGCGCUUCUUUUUCCCGAUGCUCCUCUCGCCAUAUGAAGCCAUAGCGAGCAAACGUGGAGUUUCUCACGGCGUCCAACGUUGCUUCCUCUGACUUCCCCUUGAAUGGCCUCCCAUAAUCAACAACACCUACCGCCCCACCAUUUCUCCGACUCCGAUCAACCCAAUUGCCUCACCCACGCCCUCCUCCAUUCCAACUAUUCCCUCCACUCUCACUCCAACAACCGUACCUCCGACGUUCCCAACAAUAUAGACGCCAACAAUUUCCUCCACCUCCACGCUGCUGCCCCUUCUGACUCUCCCGGAGCUGCUUCCCACCGCCCGAUCCUCCGCCCUAACAACGCCCACGUCAUUGCCGACAUCGCUGCCGGCAACUCACUCAUCGACGGUGCUGCCUUGUCCCACGAGUCCGCCGAUUUGGACAUGACCGCGGGCGACAACCCCAAUGCGAAGAGCGAGGUGGUUGCGGAGGACGGCGAGGAGAGGCUGGUGAACUGGGAGAAUGCGAGGUCCAAGGCGGAGAUUCUAGCGCAUCCGCUGUACGAACAGCUGCUGUCGGCACACGUGGCCUGUUUGCGGAUCGCCACGCCGGUUGACCAGUUGCCGAGGAUUGACGCUCAACUAGCGCAGUCCGAGAAUGUGGUGGUCAAGUACUCCGCGUUGGGACACGGAGCACAUAGCAUGACUGGGGAUGAGAAGGGACUCGAUCAGUUCAUGUCACAUUAUGUUCUGUUGCUCUGUUCCUUCAAAGAACAGCUCCAACAACAUGUCCGGGUUCAUGCAAUGGAAGCAGUUAUGGCAUGUUGGGAGAUAGAACAAUCCUUACAAAGUCUAACAGGAGUUUCACCUGGAGAAGGUACAGGGGCUACCAUGUCGGAUGAUGAAGACGACCAAAUAACUAGUGAUGGCAAUCUAUUUGAUGGUACUUUGGAUGGUUCAGACAGCAUGGGAUUUGGCCCUCUUGUUCCAACAGAGAAUGAGAGAUCCCUCAUGGAGCGAGUUAGGCAAGAGUUGAGACAUGAACUGAAACAGGGCUAUAAGGAUAAAAUUGUGGACAUAAGAGAAGAAAUUUUGCGCAAGCGACGAGCUGGGAAACUUCCUGGUGAUACCACCUCUGUCCUUAAAGCUUGGUGGCAAGCCCAUUCCAAGUGGCCUUACCCUACUGAGGAAGAUAAAGCAAAGUUGGUACAGGAAACUGGUUUGCAAUUAAAGCAGAUUAAUAAUUGGUUCAUCAAUCAAAGGAAGAGGAAUUGGCACAGCAAUGCUUCAACUUCGACGGUCUCAAAGAGCAAGCGGAAAAGGCAUUCCUAAUUUCCUCGAAAACAAAAAAAGACAAGACCGGUUCUUGCAACUAAGAUCUUCAUAGAAAAUAAAUGAUAUUGCAGGUGAUGACAGGGCGUGUUGUGACAAGUAAACGAGUACAAGUAGGAAGAACAUUUUACUUCUUGUGAAAGAAGAGGGAUAAUUAGUACUUGAUGCAGAUGAAGAACAGAGGAAGGUAAUGUGGAGGAGCCAACUUGGAAGGCGUGCACAUGUUCUAUUAAUUCUUUGAUGGAUCAUGGCGAACAAAUCAAUACCGAAACCAAUAUGAGGGCUUAUAUUAUAUGUUCACAUUCAAAUGCAUGAGGUAUGUGAAAAAGACUAAUGAGGGGUUGUGGGUGUACACUAAUGAUCUGUCUAUUUUUCCUUAGAAUCACACUAGCGUGAUUUUGUUGUCUAAAGUGUCUUCAAAUUUUGGGCUGUGCCAUAUAAAGGUGUUCAUGUAGUUAAAAAUUAAAAUAGUAGAAUUUCAGCGUCUAAAUUUUCGUCUGGAAAAA